AUACCCCCCCUAACUCUGCCAGGGACCUGAGUGAGUGCCCACUUCUAUUCUGAUCCGCACAAGCGCCGGAUGGAGAAGCUCAACUCUAUAUCUGAGAGAGAAGAUCCAGUGGGACAUCCAGACUGAGCACUAGAGCAGAUCCCGUACGGACACUGACCUGACUAAACCUAUAAAGCCAAAUAUGGAACCAGGGAUCUCCAACCAGUCAUUCAUUUUCUCCUACACUGACUUUACUCUCUUGGGUUUCCCUGGGAUAUCUCGAUGGAGGCCCCUCCUGGCAAUCCCAUUCUUUUCCGUCUACUUAGUUAUCCUGAGUGGGAAUUCUCUCAUCAUCCACCUGAUUUACACUGAGAAGACCCUCCAUUCCCCCAUGUAUUUGCUCAUCUCUGUGCUCUUUACCAUUAGCAUCACCAUUUCUACUGCCAUAUUGCCAAAAUUCCUCCUAGACUUGUUAUUCCAUCUCAACCAAGUUUCCCUGACUGGCUGUCUUCUGCAGAUGUUUUCUAUUUACUUCAUGUCCAUAUGUGAGUCCAGUGUCAUCCUAAUAAUGUCCUUAGACAGAUACGUAGCAAUCUGUAGGCCACUGCGUUACCAUAACAUCAUGACAAAGAGGUUCCUCAUCUCACUGACUGUCAUUGUUAUCAUUCGGAACUGCCUCUUUAUUUGCCCAUUGGUGGCAUUAACCUCCAUGGUCCAUUUCUGCAGGUCAAAUAUCAUUCUGCACUUUGCAUGUGAAAACAUGGCGCUUCUCAGUCUUGGAUGUGGAGACACCACCAAACCACAGAUUGCUGGGCUGAUUGUGCGAAUUCUUGUCAAUGGCCUUGAUGUUGGCCUACUCUUGCUUUCCUACUCAACCAUACUCUACACAGCCAUGAAAACUGUCACUGGGAAAUCCCGACACAAAGCUCUAAACACCUGUGGGACCCACUUGCUGGUGGCAAUGGUGCUCUACGUGAAUGGACUGGCAUCUUCCAUUGUGUUGAGAAUGGAUACAAUUCUGUCAACAGAUGUUAAGAAUUUGUUCACUGCUCUAUACCUAAUUGCCCCGGCUUCCUUAUACCCCUUUAUAUAUGGACUGAGGGUGUCAGAUAUCAAAAAGAGUCUCGUUAAAUACUGGAAAAAAUAGAACAACUGUGAGAUCGAAGCCACCUCCCAUUAUUCCUAGUGAUGGCCAUUAGAUUUAGGCAUAAAUUCCAAGUUUAAUUAUAUAGAGGAAAUAAAUGUUAUACCUAGAAAACUAUAUUUGGGUUGAGAAUUAUUUGUUAACUGCAGGUAUGUGAACCUUGAAGUCAUAAUAAAUAUAUGAUGAAUCUGUCUUAAAGUGAUCUAAAGUCACUUGUUGAUUCUAUUUAUUCAGAGGGGCAACCAUGACUUGAUUCCAUUUAGGUCUGUGCAUAGUCUGGGGCAAGUCUUGGAUAUCAAAUGUAUUGUAAGCCCUUCCAUUCUAUCCAAUGGCAUCAGUUAUGUUGUUCCGAUGGCACAAGUGACUUAGCCUAAAGCUCUUUCUUACAUUCACCCUCGACAUCUCAGUAGGGAAACCAAACCGUAGGUUCAACAGAAGUUCCACUAAGUCUCAAGUAUUUUGAUAGCAGGAAGUUGCUCUAAAUAGAGUUAUUUCACAUUUGGUAUCACUUUAUAUUAAUGUCCAACUGAUAAAAGGCCAAGACGUCUCCCUCGGGGUAAGGAAGAUUUUAGAGCCAGGUUGCCAAGUAAGAAUCUUUUCAUUGUUAUUUUUAACUAGUACGUGUUUUAGACGUCCCAUUCCCUUAUUCCCAGUUUGUUCCAAAAAGACGACCGAAUGUUGCCAAAAAAGAAGAAUUUUCUCUAAUGGGAAAAAUGAAGUAAACUGGUUGUUGGCUUUUUACCUUUUAACUAAGGGGUUCUGUUUCGUCUCUUUGGCUUGAACCUCCCAAGGUCAAUGAACCUAUUCUGUUAUAUUCACUUGUGACUCAAGAAUCAAUUUGAUUUUGUAAAUUUACAAUUUCUUGAAAUUGCGGAAAGAUUAAAAGUUCUAAUAUCAGGAAUGUAAUGUUCUAGAGAUAUUUUAGUAAUUUUUCCAUUCCCAAGAAAUUUAAUUAAAAUGAAAUCUAGUUCCUUAGUGUCUCUAUGCAAAGGAGAAUGAGCAAAUGGCUAAUUAUUUGGGAAGAACGAACACCUUGUUAAUAUUCCUCUCUACCUUUAUUAUAAUAUUUUUUGCUAUGGAGGAUAAUUUACUUAAUGUUCUGGGCAAAUCAGAAGGGAAAACAAUACCCCAAUAUUUUAUAGUUCUAUCCCUUGUGUGACUUCAUUCUUUUAAGAAGCUCUAGUGGGAUAUUGCCACAUAUAUAGUCUCUGGAUUAAUAGUAUAACCUGAAAAGGAGCCAAAUGUUUUUACUAUGUCAAAAAAUUCUGAUAAUUAUCAGUAACACGUGAUCUGCAUCUUUAUUCCAUUUAUCCUAAAACUCUGAAAUAAUUGUAUUUGUUUCAAGGUUCUAUGGCGAGAUUAAAUAAGAGGGAGAAAAGGGACACCCUUGCCUAGUACCUCUCUGUAGUGAAAAUGGGUCAAUGAUUUCUGCCAAUACCAAUAGUUAGAUUGUAUUCAGGUAUAAAAUGGACAGUAUAAUAGGUGAAACAUUAUCUCCUACUGAAACAACAGAAUGCGGAAGAACAAAAUGCAUUCCAGGAUUUUAGUGGCAGGGGGUAGAAGGGAGAAUGGGUGUUUUAGAGUAAGGGUGACACAGGCCUGUUUGUCUUAAGAGGGUAAAGUCCCAGAAGCUAGAGAAGAUAUGAAGAUGGGAGUAAGCGCUGAAGUGUAAGCUCAGCAACACAGUGUGUGAGUAUAUGGGCAGAUGGUAUAAGGGCAGAAGAGUAAGUUGUGAGUGGGGACGAUGGUGAGAGCAGUUUGGAGACUUCAGAGGCAGUUACUGAAUGAAUAGUUUGUGCCUGAUGCCCUGCUUGUGUAAGGAACCUGCUCCUUUUACUUUGGUUGGAAGAUCAGCAAAGUCCCACAUGUAGAAAGUUGGGUGAUUCUGUUGGUAAGGGGUGUCGUAAGGCACUGAUUAUAGAAAAUAGGCAUCAGGGCUGAGAUAUCUCAGGGGAAAUAUGUAAUGAAUGUAGGCAGUUUGGGCAUGGGAUUAGCUCCAUACAAUCUCUGCAGAUUUCAUACAGGAGCCCAGGGAUUGACUGUGAGAACAUUGAGCUUGUUGGGGUGCAUGGGAGUCAGCAGUGGUGGAAAGAAUGUGGUUAUGGAAACUAUGGGAGGAGAGAUUGAAACUGAGAGAAUAAAUAAAUGGGGUUAAGGAGUAGGAGGGCAGGAGGUAGAAUAUGUACCAAGCUGAUGAUCAGAAAGGGGCACCGACUGGUAAAAGCAGAAAGAGAUAGAUUUUUGGCAAAGGCCUGAUGUGCUGAUGUGCUGUGCCUGUAUAGUGGUUGACACUUCUGGCAGUUACAUUUUAUGGGGGUCCCCACUGCACACUAAUGAAAACAAAUCAUAUUCUAAUCAACUUUCCACCAUACUUUCUCCAUAUGGUUAUAAAAAUGUGCUUAUUUACUAUUGCCUGUAACUGACGAGACUGGC